UCAAUAUUAGCGCCAUUGCAACUGCAGGGUGUGGGCGAAUCUGCGCCCCGCCGCCGGAACCAAAAAGCAGCACCCUGAAUUUCUCAUCGUUUAAAUCCAGCUUCACUUCCAAUGUUAAUUUCCUGAAGAGAAGAUUCAGCUCGGGAGAUUUAUCUUCCGAGGUAGAUGAUGUCGAUCCCAAUAGUUUGCCGCCGGCGGCACGUCCUAUACAGGAUCAGCCGACCAAGCCUCCUGCCAGCGGUGGCGGACCACCAAAUAUGCCGCCACCGCCGGCACCAGGCCAAUUGCCACCGCAACCGUCUGGAGCUGCCCCAGAGUUGGCAUUGAGUUUUGGUGCUGGCAAGGCGCCAACUUCGGCAGCACCGGGUCCACCAAGGGGCGUCAGUGCCCCCACCAGUCCGGCAAAGUCGCGUGAAAGUCUCUUGCAGCGUGUGCAGAGCUUAACGGGAGCAGCACGUGACCAGGGUGCCUCCAUAUUGGGAGCUGCGGUUCAGAGUGCCACUCAGCGUGCUCCCACUUUCAACAAGGAUAAGUACUUUACUCUUCUCGUUUUGGAUGAUCAGAAUACGGAUUGGUCGAAAUAUUUCCGUGGCCGUCGUUUGCAUGGCGAUUUUGAUAUACGCGUUGAGCAAGCGGAGUUUAGGGAUAUUACGGUUGUCUCCAGCGCUGAUACAGGACCAGUUGUUACCAUGGCCGCCUAUCGCAGCGGCACUCGGGUUGCCCGUUCUUUCCGCCCGGAUUUCGUAUUGAUACGCCAACCACCGCGAGAUGGUUCCAGUGAUUUUCGUUCAACCAUAUUGGGUCUGAAAUAUGGCGGAGUACCCAGUAUAAACUCAUUGCAUUCGAUUUACCAAUUCCAGGAUAAACCUUGGGUAUUUUCGCAUCUGCUGCAAUUGCAGCGCCGCUUGGGACGCGAUGGUUUCCCACUGAUUGAACAAACAUUCUUUCCCAAUCCACGCGACUUGUUUCAAUUCACCAAGUUCCCCAGCGUACUGAAGGCUGGACAUUGCCAUGGCGGUGUGGCCACCGCUCGAUUGGAGAAUCAGAGCGCCUUGCAAGAUGCCGCCGGACUUGUUAGUGGGGCUGGUAAUGAUACGCAUUGUUAUUGCACCAUUGAGCCCUACAUCGAUGCCAAGUUCAGUGUGCAUAUCCAAAAGAUUGGCAACAACUACAAGGCAUUUAUGCGCAAAUCCAUCACUGGCAACUGGAAGACCAAUCAAGGCUCUGCCAUGCUCGAGCAAAUCACAUUAACCGAGAAGUACAAAACCUGGGUGGAUGAGAUAUCGGAACUAUUUGGAGGCAUGGAGGUGUGUGGUCUCUCUGUGGUAGUGGCCAAAGAUGGACGUGAGUACAUCAUCAGUGCGUGUGAUAGCACUUUCGCUUUGAUCGGCGACAGCCAGGAGGAUGAUCGCAGGCAGAUAGCUGAUUUGGUAUCAGGAAGAAUGCAGAAUGUUUGCCGUCCUAGUAUGGCUCAAACAGGACCAGGUGGCAAGCUGCCAUCACGCUCCUCGGUGUCAUCUAGGGCCGAGAGCCCCACAGAUGAUGGCAAUAGCAUUGCUCCUACUCCGCCGCUUCCAGCUGGGCCAAGGCCAGCACCGAUGGGAGGCCCGCCACCCAUACCGGAACGAACCUCGCCGGCAGUUGGCUCUAUUGGACGUUUGAGCAGUCGCAGCAGCAUCUCAGAGCUGCCAGAGGAGACGGGUUCUUCUUCGGGACCCAGCACUGUGGGCGGUGGAGUCCGCCGAGAUUCACAAACAUCGCAGGCAUCUAGCAUUUCGUCGGCAUCCAGGGUCGGACAGCGUCCUCCGCAAUCUCAGAGCUCUGUAGUUGAGGAUGCGGAGGACACCAUGAAGAACCUGAGGAAGACCUUUGCGGGGAUAUUUGGUGACAUGUAGGAAAUCGCUAAUAAGAAACGCGGCAGAACGGCCAGCGAGACGAGCAACGGCAGCGGCAUGGCCAGUGGGCCGAGCAGUGCCGGACCAGGUAGCAGUGGUGGCGGUGGCUUCAGCGGCUCCUUCCUGGGCAAGCAGUUCUCGUUCGCAUCCACGGGCAGCAAGACAAGCAGCACAGACGUCAUCUCCACUCAGCCCAGUCGACCUGUCGAAGAGUCAGCCAUUCAGCCCCAGGCCGCUGCCAGCGUUUCGGUUAGCAAUAAUAAAAAUACGGAUAACUCAGCCGUCGGCUAUCAGCCGGUGACCAAUUUUGAACCACAAGAACGUGUCAAUCCCUUUGACAAGGAGCCAAACAAAGCGGCCUCAGCAUCGGGCAGUGUGGCUUCUAUAACAACGUCCUCCUCCUCAUCGAUAUCAUCCUCAUCGAUCUCAUCGCGCAUUAAUCGCAAUGGAAACUCAAUCAAAUCGCCGCCACCACCGUCUGGACCACCACCGCCGCCGCCCAAUGUGGCCAGCAAUGCCAAUAGCUCGAGUGGCUAUCGCAAUAGCUUCAGCAGCUCGUUGAGCAAGGACAAGACCAGCUAUGGCAAUUACGGCAGUUCCACAUCCGUGGAGACCAUCACACGCAUGGACACAAAUACCACAAAUACGGGAGCCACGGCCACGGGAGCUGGCGAGGCCAGUGGCAUUACGGCAAUUACUAGUCUCAGCUCCAGUGGAUUAACAGGACCAACUGGCCAAACUGGAGCGGGCAUUGAGUCAGCAUUGGAUGCCAUCACGACAUCGGCCACCACGGAUUGGCGUUCGGCCAUUGGCAUGCGAUCGGCCAGUGUGUAUAGUGCUCCGGCUGCUGUGACCACAACAGCGGCAUUGCCAGGCGAUACUUCUGGCUAUGAUUCGAACUCGAUUGCUUCACAGGGUGGCUACAACAAUCCCAGUGAUUUGCCCUCGUACACUCGACCCUCGUACUCCCGAUCCGAGAGCAAUGCUUCGAAACAAUCGGACUUGGAUAUCAUAUUCGGUGAUGGUCAAAUCUCUGGCUCAGGAUCAGCCCAUGGCAAUGGAAAAUAUACACGAGCUGCUGGUUCACUAUCCGAUGCGGAUAUGAUUUUCGGAGGACCACCAUCAAACUAUAAAAGUGAUCGCUUUGGAGCGGCCAAAAGUAUGAGCAUGUGUGCAACCAGUGGCUCUGCCUCCGGUUCCGGCUCGACCUCCGGAUCGUAUAAGAUCUAUGAGGGAAUACAGAAUGCUGCAUUCAGUGAUUUUAGCGACACGGGCAGUGUAAGCAGCAUUGGAUCUGCCACAAAGCGCUGGAGUGCCGCCAACCGAGACGAUGAUGAUGAAAUGGAUCUGAAGUAAAAUCAUACAUAACGUACAUACAUAUAUAAUUCUUUCUCCAUUAUGGAAAUCAAUUAAUUUACUUCUGCCUCUGAAGUUUCCUGGUUUCAUGGAACUUAACACUCAUACUAAAACACAUUGGGUUACUACAUACAUAUUUAAUUACUUGUUUACUACUAUGUUAAAAAAAAACUAAAAAAAACUUUCCUAUACACAUGAUAUUAUAUGUCUCUUCAAGUAGUUCUGGAUUUAUGUCUAUAUUAUAUCUUGUUAAACGAUUUCAUUUUGAGACACUAUCUACUAAUCGAUAUACUAUAACUAACCACCAAAAGUAACAACAAUAAUGAAUGCAAGGCCCCCAAAUAUAUAUAUGUAUAUGUAAUCGUUUAGUGAAUACAUAAAAAGAGAUUAUAAUGAUGAAUGAAAAUGAUGACGUCGAUGAUGAUUAUGAUGAUGACUUGACUGGUUUUUGCAGCAAAAUGAAUACAAUUUUGAGUAUAUACAUACAUAUACAUACCUACAUAUAGUAUAUAUACAUAUAUUAUUGAUGAAUUAUACAAAUACGAGUAAAUAUUACAUGUUGCUACUUAUUCGCAAGCAUACAUACAUAUACAUACAUAUAUGACAUGUUAACCCAAGCUAACUGAAAGAUCAAAGAAACAUAAAUGAAAAUUUUUGAAUUAAUUAAAAUUGUUAUAAAACCAACAUGAGACGAGUAAGAAAACUAACAAAAAAACUAAAAAGAAACCCAUGCAAAACUCUGGGAGUGUGCUUCAAAUGAAAGACAAUAUGCGCAAAGAAAAGUUAUAACAAUUUCCAAAAAAAAAAACAAAAAAAAAACCUAUGAGCAAAUGUUAUAAAC